AUCAAAGAAAUAACUAAUUAGAAAUGAUCUCAAACUAUCAGUUUUUAAAUAUUCAAGUUCAUUCCUGGACAGAUAAGGACGUGCUCAUCUUUCCAACAAUUAGCAAGCCAAUUUCGUAUGGCGGGUUUACUUUAUCCCCGUCAGGACAUUUCGAGCGAAACCCGCAAAGAAUCCGUUAUAUAGUGGUGCCGCCAAUCAACCGAUUUCCGAUCUGUCUGAGAGAUAAUGAGCACACUCAGAAAAAGGAGAAGAUCCCCAAAGUGCUUUUGGACAAUAUGCUUCAGUUUAUCGAUUCCUCGGGGUUUUCCUUGCUCAUGCUGACCAAUAACAUGCGUGUGGAGGUUAAUGCCCAUAUAGUAUGCAGUAGUGAAGUUCUCGAGCUAAUGAUGUGUGCUCCUUACGAAAGGAUGACGGGAUGGUCACUAGGAGUCACACGAUAUCGCAACACUAUGUACAUUUGCCGCAUGGACAGCGAUCAAGCCAACGCCUUCGACAAGAACAAUCAAAGGAAGAUCAUGCAAGAAUCCUGGCUUAAGGAGUUGCACAAAUAUUGUGUAUUUGAAAACGGUGUCCUAGUGCCCUCCUCUAAAGAUUCUGGUCAAUACCAUGGUGUCUUUUCCAUUGAAUUAAACGGCAUCCGAGUGUUGUUCGAUUCACCAGUACUGGCCGAGCCGAAUCCUAAUGGAUUGGAUGGCCCCGUUCAGAAUUGGGCAGAACUGCAGAUGCGCCAGGUGCAUAUGAGCAGACUGGAUUGGACAUCCCACAAUCGAUCGGAAGCCCUUAAAUGGUGGGUGAAGUGCUAUCUGUUGGGAAUCGAUAACCUUUACAUAGCUUAUCGCGACGAUAAUGGAUUUGUGCUUAAUAUACAGAAAACCUACGUGCGGAAUUUGUGGAAGGACUGCGAAAAAUAUUGGUCCACCAGUGUGUGCGCCAACUUUAUGGUGCGCCUACUUGGCUGCAUGUCCCAGAUCAUGGCCCCGAUCGACUGUCCCAGCACAGUAUACCUCUUCGAUUUCGUCGCAAGGCAUGGGAAAUUUGGCUACAAGGCCUUUCAAGGACGUAACCAAUACACAUUCAUUUCGGACUGGUUCCGCAUGAUGCUGGACGAACACCUUGAAGACGCACUUCGGAAGAAACAGGAAGGACCGGCUUUGUCUAAGUAGACUCCUAUACCCUCAAAGGACGCAAUCAAUUUAGAUUUAAGAAGAACAAAACCAUUCAAAAUAUAUUUCCGAAGAAAUAUGAAACGAAAAUGUGCAAACUGUUUAACUAAUUAAAUGAAGAUUUAAGUUUAUUGCGACAUAAUCAUCAAUUUGUGU